AGAAACGGAAGCGGCAGCAUGAGGAAAAAAAGAGGUGUUUUGUGUACGAAGUUAGUUAGCAAACGGUAACUGAUAUUACCAUUGAAGGAAGAAGUAAGGCGGUGAUUUGCUGAAGGAAGCUUUCCUUCUGUUCGAUAUCUUCAGAAAUUAGACAGUCGUCGUGGAGUAACCCGUCACUUUCUCUGGGAGCAGGAACAAAGUGUCAGCCAGGAUGGAUCCAGCUCUGCUGAGAGAGAGGGAGCUCUUCAAGAAAAGAGCUCUGUCCACUCCAGCUGUAGAGAAGAGACAGGCUGCAUCUGACUCUGGAUCACACAAGAAGAAGAAGCCCAAAGUUGACAAGGAGAGCUCCUCGGGGUCCAAACACAGUGCUGAGUCAAGUAAUGGCAGUUUCAACAUCAAGACCAGCUCUGGGUACAAGUUUGGAUGCCUAGCCAAGAUAGUUAAUUAUAUGAAGACAAGGCAUCAGAAUGGAGAUACACACUGCCUGACCCUAGAAGAGAUUCUGGAUGAGACCAAACUUCUGGACAUCAGCAUGAAACAGAAACAGUGGCUCAUGACCGAGGCCUUGGUCAACAACCCUAAAAUUGACGUCCGGGAUGGAGUCUACGGCUUCAAGCCCAAGUACAACCUGAAGGACAAGAAAGCCUUACUGAGGCUGCUGGACAAACACGACCAGUUGGGCCUGGGAGGAGUGCUGCUGGAUGAUGUAGAGGAGGGGCUGCCCAACUCAGCCAAGGCCAUCAAGGCUUUGGGAGAUCAGAUCAUCUUUGUGACAAGACCAGAUAAGAAGAAGAUCCUGUUCUACAACGACAAGCACUGUCAGUUUGUGGUAGACGAAGAAUUCCAAAAAUUGUGGAGGAGUGUUCCAGUGGAUUCCAUGGAUGAAGAGAAGAUUGAGGAGUACCUGAAGAAACAAGGCAUCUCCUCCAUGCAAGAAACGGGACCAAAGAAAGUGUUACCAGUUCAAAAGAGGAAGAAGCAAAGUGGGCAGAGGAAGAGACACUUCAAGACUCACAACAACCAUUUGGCUGGUGUACUGGAGGAUUAUUCAGAGGGUGUUCCUGUUAAGAAAUGAGAUCCUUUCCCUUGCUGCUUCAUGCCCUCAGAGGAGUGGAGUAGAAACCUGUAAAUGAAAAAUGGCUGGAGAUGGAGACCCUGGCCACACUACAAUACAAAGACUCUUUCAUGGCUGUCUCUUGUGUCCAAACUAGCUUAUCUUCCUUUCUUUGCACUCCUCCCAGUGAUCAGUGGUCUUGUAUUACAUGGAGUGAAUAGCAACUGUGUUGUGGAAUCCUUUUUAGUUUGUUUAUUGAUCAGUGAUAACUGGAGGACACUGGAGAAAAAGAGAACGGAGACCAUCUUGGGACACUGAACACCCUUACCAAAACUACCAUACUUAAGGGGGCUGCCUGCAACCUUUUCUGUUAUGUAAAUGCGGUUGAAGUGUGUAAAUACUUGUCUUCAUUUUAUUUACUAUAUUGCAAAGAGGUGUGUGUGUGGAAGCUUUUAUUUUGAAAGGGCUGCCAUCCUUAUCUGAUGGUAACCUUCCAUCCUUUUAUUAGGAACAGCAGACAUGUUUGUGUUGUGCAGUGCAUCACGUUGAGGUCUCUCAUCCAGCAUGAAACAUCUUGGACAUUACUUGUCAUGGAAUUUCACUUUGCAGCACCACAACAUAGGGGUUUCAAAUACUAAAACUUUUUGAACUUAUUUUAAUAAAUGACACUGUUACAGGA